AUGACUCCCACCUUUACCACAGGAGCCCCUGCGUUCGUAGCGCCCACGGUCUCCUGCAGAAUCUCGCAGCCACUCGUGGAGCUCACAGAUCCAUCGCGUGCCCCCCCUGCUGUGGCCCCCUCCCCCUCUCUGCUGGACGUGGAGGGGCUGCUGGGUCUGCCCCCCAGACUCCUGCAGAUGACCGAGGACCAGCUGGCCUGCCCUGGAGCCUCCGUGGGCCCCUUCGUCAGCUUCUCUCCCCCCCCUGGACUGCGACGACGACUGUGGAGCCUGGAGGAGCACGAGGUCCGACUUCUUCGACUCCUACGACCUGGGCGACCUGCUGAGACUGAGGCUGAGGCCGAGACUGAGACUGAGACUGAGGCUGAGACUGAGGCUGAGGCUGAGACUGAGGCUGAGACUGAGGCCGAGCUGAGGCUGAGACUGAGGCCGAGCUGA